ACAAGCUCUCCAUCCUUGAAAAACAACAGGUGUUCUUCUUCUUCCUCCAAGCUCCACAGCAUCCCUAGAAAAGAAACACUCUUCUUCUCCUUCCUUCCUCUCCACGCAGAAUUUUCGGAGGAAAAAGAAACCCCAGUCCAAACGGCCUAUCGCCAAUAAACUGAGAGGAAACGCGGAUACAUAUUGCUUCCACCUGCGUGAGAAGAGAGGAUGAUCCCGUUCAUACAGCAGAGGAGUUCCAGUUCCAAGUUGAUCUAGCCGUGCUGGCCGGCCCUCGAGCGGAAGCCCAUCGAUGGCGAUGAUGGAAGCGCACGGCGGCACGCCGAGGACCGACGCCGGCGGGAGCAGGGUGGAGUCCGAGCAGAGGAAGCUGCGGCGCGUCGAGCUCCCCUCGUGGUCCUGCCCUCCCAACCGGCCUCCGGGCACCUGAGCCUGCUCUGUGUUCUUGCCUUCUGCUUACUCCUCUCUCUCCAUUUGCCUCUUUGAUUCUUGUUCCUGCGACUCGUAGUCUGAGGGAGCAAGCUACGAUCCUUGCGCCCUUCUCCUUCUCGUGUCUGAUCCUGUGCCCUCCUACGGCAUCCACGACACGGCUCUGCUUUUCCUGUGAUCUUGUUGGAAGCUUUGCUCCCAAGGGUCUCGCGCGCCAUUUCUGAGGCGAUUGACCUUGGGAGAAGGUCUUUGACCUGUCUGGACCACCGUGUUCUUGGGAGCCAGGCCGUCGGUCUCGCCGUUGUUUCCUUCCUGUUGGCCUCCGUUGUCUGCGCUCCCAGUUGCAGGUCAACAUAAUCUUGGGAAACGGAGGUGUCUGUGCUUCUCCUCUCUUGUCGUUGUCGUGAAGAUCUGCGACAUUCGGGACAAGAAAGUGUGUUUCGUUCUUGGCCCUGGUGCCUGUAAAAAUCCUUGUUUCGCAGGCGUCGAUCGAGCUUGUCUCCCCCGUGGCAGUUCAAGAAACCAUACAGUGACCCCCGGCCGGCACUUCACCUGCAUGGUUUCUCUGUAGCUGCAGCUUCAUCCAGCACGCUCUCGAUCCUACGUCCUUUGGCCUUGUGGGACGAGAUGAACUCGGGCCCCUUCAGCGGCGCAGUGCGCCUCUACGAGGGGUUUUACGGUGGUUUCGGCGGCGGGCAUGGGCAUGGCUUCGGCCAGCAGCUGGGAGCGUCGACGUCGUCGGUCCUGCUCGACGGCGGGACGGGGGAGCCUGGCGCAGCCGCCGCCCCGGACGUGCUGAAGCGGAAGGGAGGAGGGCGGGAGGAGAAGGCGGCGACGGCCCUCAGGAGCCACAGCGAAGCGGAGCGGCGGCGGAGGGAGAGGAUCAACGCGCACCUCGCCACGCUCCGGAGCAUGGUCCCUUGCACCGACAAGAUGGACAAGGCGGCGCUGCUCGCGGAGGUGAUAAACCACGUGAAGAAGCUCAAGAGCGAGGCGGCGCGGGUGGGCAAGCACUGCCCCGUCCCGUCCGGCGCCGACGAGGUCACCGUCGAGGUCGUCCAGCAGCCGCAAGCGCCACCCCACCACCGCGCCGCCUUCCUCGUCAAGGCGACGCUCAGCUGCGGCGACGGCUGCGCGGACCUCUUCGCCGACGUGAGGCGCGCGCUGCAGCCGCUCGCGCCCAGGGUCGUCGGCUCGGAGGUGACCACGCUGGGCGGCCGCGUCCGACUCACCGUGGUCAUGUCGCGCGAGGGCGCCGUGACCGCGGCCUCGGUCCGCCAGGCGCUCGACUCGGUGCUCGACAGGGUCGCCGGCGCGGCCGCCGCCUUCGAGUUCUCGCCGAGGGACUCGCUCCUGGCCGGCAAACGCCGGAGGGUCUCGACGUUGGACUCCUCCAGCUCCUCUUCCUGACCUGAGACGGCCAGUUCCAAUCCACAGACAUUGAUUCGGAGCGGACGGACACUCCGACCGUAGCACGUUUUGGUGCAUGCACGCACGCACGCAUGCUGGAUGCAAAGAUUGUACGACUUGACUUUUCAUCAGUCGUGACUCGUGCGGAGAUGCAAAAGCAAAGUACCGUGUGGACAUUGAUUGGUAGUAGUCGGUGCUUGGGUUGAUUGCCUUUAAUUUGUAAGAAGAAUUGACAUUUUCCAAGCUAUUCAUACUUUUGAGUGCAA